AUGGAAUUCAAAACUAGUCUUUAUCAGCACAUUCAAAAUGCUUUUAGUUACAUAAAUUAUAAACUUGGUCAGCUGCGUCAGAAUACAAAUGAAUAUAGAAUUGUAAAGACAUCGUACGGUCAAGUCAAGGGAAUUAAACAUUUGAAUUCGUGUGAUUCGAAGCAGUGCUAUUUUGCCUAUGAAGGUAUACCAUUUGCCAGACCACCGCUAAAUGAGUUACGAUUUCGUGCCCCACAGCCACCGGAACCAUGGCAGGGUAUACUUAACUGUACUCGAACAAAAUCAAAACCAUGUCAAUUAAAUGGUUUAUUUGGAUUUAAUGAAGGUUCCGAAGAUUGUUUGUAUCUUAAUGUGUACGUCAAAGAGAGCACAAAUAUUAAGCGACCUUUACCCGUAAUGGUGUGGAUAUAUGGAGGCGGAUUUCAAUAUGGUGAGGCCACAACUGAUCUAUAUAACCCCGACUUCUUUAUGAUGAAGGAUGUCAUUGUGGUAACAUUUAAUUACAGGCUAGGCGUUUUCGGAUUCCUUUGUUUCGAUGAUCCAAAACUUAAUGUACCCGGUAAUGCUGGUAUAAAAGAUCAAUUUCUCGCCAUAAAAUGGAUAAAGGAAAAUAUACACAAUUUUAAUGGAGAUACGAAUAAUAUUACAGUUUUUGGUGAAAGUGCGGGGGCUGUUUCCGCUCAUAUGUUAAUGAUGUGCCCCCAGGCCAAGGGUCUGUUUCACAAGGUCAUACUACAAUCUGGAUCUGCAUUAUGCCCAUGGGGUUUUACCGAUAAACAUGAUUGGGGUUAUAAAUUAGCUUGCCAUUUGGGUUACACAGGAGAUAAUAUUGAUGCAGAAGUUUAUAAUUUUCUGGUAGAACAGAAAUCCAAACGCCUUACAACCAAACUGAGAGACCUUUUAACCGACAACGAUAUAUUGGAAAAUAAUUUAUUUUGUGCUUUUGUUCCGGUUGCAGAACCAUAUAUGGCCGAUGAUAGCAUAAUUACGAAGCCACCUAGCGAAUUGUUAUCCACAGCAUGGGGUAAUUCAAUUCCCGUUGUUAUUGGUGGUAAUUCCGCUGAGGGUUUGUUUUACUACUAUUAUCUGCAACACCAUAAAUAUUUAUAUGGAAAUUCUGAAAAUGUAAAACACUUUUUGCCAAAUGAAGCCAAAAAUUGUCAUAGUUCUGAAGAAUUAGAGAAAAUGGCCCACAAUCUUAGGGAAGUAUAUUUUAAAGAAAAAUAUCCCAAUAUUGAAAAUGAUUUUUCCACAUAUCUAGAGAUAAUGGGCCACAAAGGGUUUUGGCAUCCGAUGUAUCAAGCCAUUAAAGCACGCUCCAAUUAUGCUAAGAACGUUCCCACCUACUGUUACUAUUUCGAUUUUGUAUCGCCCAAGGGUAAUUUUUCACGCAUGUUCUCUUGCGGUAAUCCUCAAAUCAAGGGAGCCGGUCAUGGUGAUGAACAUCACAUCAUUAUUAAAAAGACCAAUAAUUAA